GAAGGGUGAAUGUAAUAUUCGGGUAGGACCAUUGUAAUCUGGUUAAUCAGACUCACCGCAAAAGAAAAGGCCGCUGUCUCACGCGGGCUCCUUUCGCCAUCUGACUCGGCGGACCGUGAGCACGCGGCUGCUUUUCCGCGCCGGCACCCGGCAGCAGGCAGGCGACGGGACGGCACCGAGCUAGGAUUCCCACGCGCGGAUUCCCUCACAGCAGCGCCGUCUGAAGCGGCGGAAGGUUCUCCACCGCGCCUUCGCCCCGGGCGGCCAUUCCCCCCUCUCCCUCCGCGCCCGCCCGUUUCUGCUCCUCACUGUAUCGCAGGAGCAGAGGAAGAACAACAGCUCUUAGCUGGCCCAUUUCUAGGUCGAUUUUGAGUCAUUUGCAGUUCGAUUCCGAAGCUGAAGCAGCGGAACUAAUGAUAGAUCAAGUGGAGCAUUAGGGAGUUGAGUAUCGUCUGCGGAUGGAUUCUGGAGUACGAAUUUUCACUUGAACUUAGUGAAGAAGUUCCAGACCAAGAUGGUGAGAUGGUGAUUAUGAUGACUAGGUGAUUCUACUGGUUAUUUGGAGAUCUUGUGUCGACAACCUUCAGGUUCAGGCAAUGUCUGGUUUGCCUCCCUUGCUAAAUGCAUUCUACGAUGAUGGCCACCGAUGCCAAGGCUGGAUCAAUCCUGCUGGCGAUGGGAUUGAACCCCCUCCCACCUUCAGGCUCCGAGGUCCGAACAAAUGGGAUCUUGAUCCGCGUUUUGUGCCUCGUCUUGCACAGAGUGGCCUCCUGCCGUUGGCUAGGAUGACAUCUACGGGGCAAAGCCUCAUGCUUGACAGUUCUCUCUUGACAGCACUGGUUGACCGGUGGAGACCGGAGACACACACUUUCCACUUCCGUUGGGGGGAGAUGACACCAACUCUGAAGGAUGUGGCGAUGAUCACUGGUUUGCCACUCCGUGGUCCGCCGGUUGUACCACAACCAGAAAGUCUUACCUGGCGCGAGGAUCUGGAAGCACAGUUUGGUAUUCCACUUCCAAGAAAAGAGGGUGCUAAGGAAAUCCGGGGGGUGCCCAAGAGUUGGCUUAGCCAGUUUACUGUUGUACCACCUGAUGCAGAUGAUUACGUUAUACGUAAACACCUGAUUGCAUACCUGUUGUUUCUGUUUGGUUCGAUUAUGUUCCCGUCGUCGUCUGGUGAUACAAUCCCCCCGAGUUAUAUCAACAUGGCUGUGGAAAUAGCAGACAACCAGUUUGAUGAUAUUAUAGCUUAUAGUUGGGGAUCUGCUGUGUUGUGUCACACAUACAGGGGUUUGUGUGUCGCCGUUCAGAAGAAGCCAAUAAGAAAAGAACCGGUACUUAGUGUGUGCUACAUCCUUCUACAGUUGUGGUCGUGGGAGCAUCUCCCGAUCGGGCGACCGCAAAUAGAGCAUCCUGUCCACCCGUACAAGCUGGGUGACACACGGUUUGAACCAGCGACUUUUGGAAGCCGGUGGACAUAUGGAAAAUUAAGGUGGGCUCGACAGUUUGCAGGCAAGUGUUACCCUCUUUACCACGACGAUUUAGAGAGGCUGCACGACACCGAGGUGAUAUGGGACCCGUUCAGUCAGGAGGACAUAUUGUAUGUAGGUGGAGCUCCGGGGUUGUCAAUGCAGUGCACAUGCGACGCUGACAUCUGGAUGACGCGUUGCAACCUGGUCUUUGCAUACAUGGUAGAGCCAUAUCAGCCUGAACGGGUCAUGAGGCAGUUUGGUCUGUUCCAGGAGGUACCACCGCCCCCUCCCAGAGAGCUUGCUCAUGAUGUUCAUACGCAACGAAAUCAAGGCAAGAGCCGACAUGACUGGAGACACACCAAUCAUGCAUGGAUACAGAAUUGGAGUGAUGCUUCAACUAACACAGUAGAUGAAGCCAGAGCAUACGACUCGCAGACAUACGAAGCAUACGUGCAGUGGUACAGCCUUAGUACGCGUGUGAGGCUCACAAAAGCUCCACCGCAGAGGCCUACUGAGCUCACGCGUGAUGAGCAGCGUGAAAGAGGCAUGGAUCGUGCCGUAGCGGGCCGUCGUGAUGACACGAUUGACAGGGCCAACAGUAUCAUCUUCGAUGCACAGGAUAUUAUUAGAGAGAAUCCAGCAAUUCGUCAUCAACUGAAGACAAUGCUGAAAAGUAUUUUGGACAACGCAAAGGGCAUUGUUGCAAAUUGGAGUUGUGGUCGUGUGGACGACGUCUAUUUAGGCGCUUACCACAUGCCAGAGGUGCGGUUGGCACGACCGAGUGAGGAACGCUCUUCACGACCAAGUGAUGUGGAGUUCACCUGCACCACUUCAAUGCAUCAUGAGGUACAUGCACGUUUCAGAGGUGUAAUCUAUCCAAAUUUCAUGUAUGUAUACUACAUUAUGAUUUUACAGACCGGUGCACGCCUAGACUCAAAAUUGUUGCGAACAGCACCGAGGUCGAGGUCACCGUUACAAAAUGUUCAGCUUGGCCUAGGACCGACGCGGGAAGAAAGCCCGCCACACAAUACUGCUAGAGAAACCAGGGCACAAUCCUCGUGUGAUCGAGGCCAGGGAUCUCAAAUACAGAUGGAGUUCACUCCUGCUGCUGGUGAUGAGAACUGGGACCAUUUAGAUGGUUCUGACGCUCGCAACCUUAACUUUCCGAUCCAGAGAAGCAUGUAUGCAGGCCAGCAGCAUGUACUGUCCCAGCUGUUCCAGGGCUACUCCAAUGGUGCACAGUCGUCGCAGGCAAUUGAUACCUCCUCAUAUCCACCGCCACAACCUACGCAACCUACUGAUGUGGACCGUGAUAUUUCUCGUAUUCUUAUUCCUCAAGCACCAGAGCGGCCACGAGAGACACCGGAACGCCAUCUCUACCCCAAUCCACGAGCAAAGUCACCAUUGACUUACUCGGCUGAUCACUGCGCACGCAAGAAGAAAAAAAGGCGGCGAAAGGUUUAUAUGGUGGUGAUGGAGGAUGACCCAGUAGUUUCCUACAAGGCAAGUCGGAAGAAUAUAAUGAGAGGCGAGGAAGCUCAGAAGUACAAGCAAAUCGCCACAACAAAACAUGACAUCUUCCUGGAAUCAUUUCUCCCUACUGGAUCUUACAAGAAACUAUACAGUUAUACUCACCUGCUUAAUGGCUUUGCUCUCCAUGCAAAAUCUGUAGAGACAGCUCGAAUUCUUAGUGGCGCGAAAGGAGUUAGACUCGUUCAAGAAGACAUCAAAAUGGCCAAGAUGACCACAUACACUCCAAAGUACAUUGGAGCCAGUGGGGUAUGGCCACUGCUCGGUGGUGCUGAGAAUUCUGGUGAUGGAAUCGUGAUUGGCAUGAUUGAUACUGGCAUUGACCCCAAAAACCCAAGCUUUGCUGGCUUCUCAGACCAAGCAAAACCACCACCGGCCAGUUUCAAAGGAAUGUGUCGCUCUGGGGAUAGAUUCCCUCCCGAUUCAUGCAAUGGUAAGAUAGUGGGAGCUAGGUGGUUCGCGCGUGCUGGUCAAGCAACUGGAGAGUUCAAUGCUACAAUUCACUAUGCAUCACCUUAUGACCCUGAUGGGCAUGGCAGCCACACGGCGUCAACCGCAGCUGGAAAUUUCCAUGCACCAGCAAUUUCCAGAGGUUACAACUUUGGAUAUGCAAGCGGUAUGGCCCCUGGAGCUCGUCUUGCAAUCUACAAAGCUGCCUAUCCUUUUGGUGGAUACAUGUCAGAUGUAAUAGCUGCAGUCGACCAGGCAGUAGAAGAUGGUGUCGAUGUUAUCAGUCUUUCUAUGGCACCUUCUUCGGUUUCAUCUGGGCCAGCAUCUUUCCUCAAUCUGCUUGAGACACAACUGCUCCUUGCCACCAAGGCUGGAGUCUCAGUUGUUCAAGCAGUUGGCAAUGGAGGCCCUGAUGCGAGCUCAAUAGUAUCCUUCAGUCCAUGGAUAACAAGUGUUGCGGCUUCAACAACCGACAGGAAGUAUAACAAAUCAAUCAUAACUGGGCAUGGGCAAGUCUUCUCUUGCGGCGCCAUUUCCCCAUCAACACCAGGCGAAACAAUGUACCCACUAGCAUUGGCUGAUGAUGUGAGCAUCGCGAAUUCGACUGACGGGUCUAACAGCUGCCAAGAUCCAAAGGUCUUCAUAAGAUCUCUUGUUCAAGGGAAGGUCAUAAUUUGCAUGAUCGUGUCGUCAAACUACUACGAAGGGGACAGCCUUACCAACAUCAUCGAUACGGCUCAGAAAAUCGGAGCUGUUGGAGUCGUCAUCGCCGACCGUUAUUCGGGUGACGUUGACAUCGAGUAUCAGCCCACAUUCCCCACUGCGAUCCCUUCAGCCAUUGUUGUGAACGGAGUAGACACGAUGAACCUACUGGAGUACUACGACAACAACACGGCUCGAGGCGACGACGGGGGCGUGAUGGCUUUCGGGGCAUCCGUCCGGAUACUGGAGGGGCGACGCGCGAGCUACAGCGGGGAACCACCCAUGGUGGCGGACUACUCGUCCAGGGGCCCCAACGUGGAGAACGCGCAGAUGCAGGCGGCGGACGUGCUGAAGCCGAACGUGAUGGCGCCGGGGCACCACAUCUGGGGCGCCUGGAGCCCGACGAGCGACGCCAUGCCGGAGAUCCAGGGCGAGAGCUACGCGAUCCUGUCCGGCACGAGCAUGUCCACCCCGCACGUGGCCGGGGUGGCCGCGCUGAUCCGGCAGCGGCACCCGACCUGGAGCCCCGCCAUGGUGAUGUCGGCGAUCAUGACGACUGCCGAGGCGACGGACCGGUCGGGGAGGCCGCUGAUGGCGCGCCGCGACGUGGGCGCCGUGGUGGCCGCGACGCCGUUCGACAUGGGCGCCGGCGCCAUCAACGCGGCGCGGGCGCUGGACCCGGGCCUGGUGCUGGACGCCACGUACAGAGAGUACCUGCAGUUCCUGUGCGCCGUCCCGGGGGUGGACGAGGCCGCCGUGCGGCGCGCCACGGGGGCGCUGUGCCCGUCGGCCAGGGCGAGGUGGUGCUCGGACCUCAACACGCCGAGCGUCACGGUGGCGAGCCUCGUGGGUUCCAGGCGCGUGGACCGGAGGGUGUGGAGCGUCGGCGCCGAGAACGAGACGUACAUGGCGUACGUGCGCGCGCCGGACGGCGUGGCGGUGCGGGUCUCGCCCGACGAGUUCACCAUCGCCCCCGGCGCCACGGCCGUGCUGAGGAUCGUGCUCAACACCACCGCGCCCGGGAACGCCUUCAGCUUCGGGGAAGUGGUGCUCAGGGGCGACAAGAAGCACAGCGUCAGGAUCCCGCUCGCCGUCUACCCCGCCGCCGUGCUCGGCCCGUGAAAUCGAUCGAUCGUGUAUUCUUGAACAAACAUGUACUAGUAGUAAGUAUUGCCUGAUGUAUGCGUAGCCGCGUAAGCACGUAUAGCUGUGCAAUUUGCAAAGGAGAAACCGAGAAUGGAAAAUCUUUGGGCAGCAGGCCAGGCAAAGAAGAUGUGAGCCA